CUAACCCCUGGGCAUUCAUUCAUCACGGGCUUAUCGUUAUCAAGCUAGCCGUUGGCUUUACGCUAUAACCAACGACAUGUGACAUGAUUCAAUAAGUCGGUCGUAACGUCACCCAUACAGCAUAAUCUAUUUAGCUGUAACGUUAAUAUUAGGGCAGGAAUAUUUCUAACGUGAACGACAUUUGCUGCCUGGUGUACUGGGAACUAACUGUUAUGUGUUAUGGAAGAGACACGGAGGUCAGACGAGCGCUGGGUUGUAAACAGUAGUGUCCGAGUAAAAAGGAGCCUGCAGCCGCGUUGACAGCUGUCUGUUGGUAUUGUAGCGCUGAUCAAAAUUGAAUCAUGCCUGGGAAACUGAAGGCCAAAAUUGUGGCAGGGCGCCAUUUGCCUGUGAUGGACAGAGCCAGUGACCUUACUGAUGCUUUUGUAGAGGUUAAGUUUGGAAACACAACUUUCAAAACCGAUGUCUGUCCUAAAUCCCUCAAUCCACAGUGGAACUCAGAGUGGUUCAAAUUUGAGGUUGAUGAUGAGGAUUUGCAGGAUGAGCCAUUGCAGGUCACAGUGCUGGACCACGACACAUACAGUGCUAAUGAUGCCAUAGGGAAAGUUUACAUUGACAUUGACCCGCUGCUGUGCAGUGAGGCUGCCUCUAUCAUCUCUGGCUGGUUUCCCAUCUAUGAUACCAUCCAUGGUAUUCGAGGGGAGAUCAAUGUCCUCGUCAAAGUGGAGCUUUUCAACGAUUUGAACCGCUUCAGACAGUCCUCCUGUGGGGUCAAGUUCUUCUGCACAACAUCCAUUCCACGGUGCUACCGGGCAGCGAUGGUGCACGGGUUUGUAGAGGAACUUGUGGUGAAUGAAGAUCCAGAGUACCAGUGGAUUGACCGUAUUAGAACUCCUCGAGCCUCCAAUGAGGCUCGUCAGAGGCUCAUCUCUCUUAUGUCUGGAGAGCUGCAGAGGAAAAUAGGGCUUAAGGUACUGGAGAUGGGCGGGAAUGCAGUGGUGGGCUACUUGCAGUGUUUUGACUUGGAGGGAGAGUCUGGCCUGGUGGUCCGGGCCAUAGGUACUGCCUGCACACUGGACAAACUCAGCUCUGGAAGCGCCCCCAACACCAACACACACAUGCACCCUAACACAGCCCCUGCUUCCAAUGCCUGCAAUUCCCCUUCUAAGGAAGGAAAGGAGCCGGUAUUUGGUGAGGACCUGCUCUCGUCCUCCGGCCCGCCAACCCCUUUCAGAGCCCUCCCCACCUCCUCCUCCUCUCCUCCCCCCUUCUCUCCCUCCAAGCCAUGCAGCCGCCAGUCCUCAUCAUCAGACACAGACCUCAGUUUGACGCCCAAGACGGGAAUGGGCAGUGGGGGCAGCACCGGGAAGGAGGCAGGGCCUCUGAAGACCCUGCUCAGACAGCAGACGCAGACGGCUCUCGAGCAUAGGGAGUUCCCCUUCUUCACCUUGACGUCUUUCCCACCUGGUUUUCUGGUUCAUGUCGGUGGGGUGGUCAGCGCUCGCUCUGUCAAACUGCUGGACCGUAUACACAACCCUGAUGAGCCAGAAACUCGCGAUGCCUGGUGGGAGGAGAUUCGCCAGGAGAUCAAAUCUCAUGCCAAAGCUCUUGGUUGCCAUGCUGUUGUGGGGUACAGUGAGAGCACUAGCAUCUGUGAGGAGGUGUGUAUCCUGUCAGCAUCAGGCACAGCGGCCAUCCUGAAUCCUCGGUAUAUGCGCGAAGGCUGCCUAGAAAUUGGAAUCACCGACCACAGGUUUGAGGACCCGUCUCCCCCAAGCUGUGGCUUCUGCCACAUCCCGUAUGAUGAGCUCAACAUGCCCUUUCCCGCCCAGCUCACCUACUGUUACCACUGUAGACGACAAAAGGUUCCUGAUGUGCUGUUUACAACAAUCGACCUGCCGCAAGAAGCAGCUGUCACAGGGAAGGGCUGCCUUAUCCAGGCCAGACUGUGUCGUCUAAAAAAGAAGGCCCAAGGUGAAGUGAAUGCGACGGCCAUCUCCAACCUGCUGCCUUUCAUGGAGUAUGAGCUGCACACUCAGCUGAUGAACAAACUGAAGCUGCGGAGCAUGAACGCUCUGUUUGGCUUACAUAUACAGAUCAGCGUCGGAGAAAACAUGCUCCUGGGUCUGGCUACUGCUACAGGAGUCUACCUGUCAGCCUUGCCGGCACCAGGGGGUUUCCAGAUUGCUGGGAAGACUUCUGGUGACCUGAGUAAUGAGCACCACAUCCUCACCAUCCAGAAAAGGAUCAAUGACACCAUAGCCAAGAACAAAGAGCUCUAUCAAAUUAACCCUCCGAAAUUAUUUGCCCUGGACCCUGAGGUGUUCUACGGCAUAAACAUGGAGCUGAUUGAAGAGGUUGUGGGUUCUCCGAUUCCUGAGUCGAGGCAACGAUCCAGACUUUUCCGCUCCCACUCAGAAAGCUCAGACGAACUGUCAGAACUGGACCUCUCCCAUGGCAAGAAGGAUGCCUUUGUCCUGGAGAUUGAUGACACUGAUGCUGUAGAGGACAUCCACUCCCUCCUCACUGAUGCCCCUACCCCUACCGGUUUCUACAGCUGCAACACGGAGAUCAUGCCUGGGAUUUACAACUGGACUUCAGGAGUUCAGAUGUUUACAUCAGUGAGGGUAUUUAGGUUGAGUAAUGCCAACCUUACUAACCAAGGCUUGAACAAGAUCUUCACUGACCUAUGUGAGAAUCUGCUAAAGAGUUUUUACUUCAAGUUGCGCUCUAUGAUCCCCUGCUGUCUUUGUAAUCUCAACUUCACUGUAGCAGUGCCAGAAGAAGAACUCAUACAGGUCGCAGUGACAGCGGUUGCCAUGACGUUUGACAAAGACCAGACUCAGGAGAAGCCAGCAGACAAGCCCAUCACAAAAGGAUGCGGUGAGACUGAAGAGCAGCUACAGUUUCCGCUGGAGUUGUGCGCAGACUCGUCAUCUGCCAACAUUCAGCAAUCAUCCAAAAGCUCAGGUCUCCCAGAGAGUAACAUUGUCUCAUCCAGAGCUGCCUCCGUUGAUUACGGUUCCUUUGCAGACAGAUGCAGCACCUGGCUAGAGCUGCUUAGGCUGAAAGCUCACACCAUAAGACGAGGAUCAGUUAAGACAAGUAGGAGGACACAGUCUCUAGCACACUCUGUCUCGUCUUUGGAGCGCUCCAGUCCGUUGCCUGAGGGACGGUCCCGCUCGCUACGCUCCAACCGCUCGUUUGGGGGCAGUUCUGUUGCCGUGGUGAAGAUGACACCGCUAUCCUUCCUCCCUGGGACACGCAUCAUUAAAUACCUAGGAAUCAUCAACAUGUUUUUUAUCAGAGAGACUACAUCGUUGCGGGAGGAAGGCGGGGUCAGUGGCUUCCUCCAUUCAUUCAUAGCAGAGGUGUUUUCAAUGGUUCGAGCCCAUGUAGCAGCCCUGGGUGGCAAUGCACUGGUGUCCUACAGCAUGAAAGAGUGUAUGUUAAUGGAAAAUCCAAACAAGAACCAGGCGCAGUGUCUCAUUAAUGUGAGUGGUGAUGCCGUCAUCUGUGUCAGGGAAACGGACCAGGAGCCCGUUUCCUCAACGACAAAUGUCGGACAGACCUGCACUAGCGGAACAGAUGGGGCUACAUGACAUGAAACACAGAGCCUCACUUUGUCUGCGGGAAACACAAUCUGAGUGAACACACUCUCUCUAGCCGAGUCUAGCCGUCCAAAUAUGAGUAAUUUGUGUCUGCCUUUAUAACUGUAAAAGAUCCAAAAGUUUUGGACACAGGUGAUAAAGAACAAGUACUCACGCAUACUCAAAAGAAAAAAGCAGUCUGUAUUAACAUAGGGGUACAGGAUGCAUGUGUUUUUCUAUGUUAGAAGAAAGCAUUUGUGCGGGAGACACUUAUGUAGCUCUUUGGGAAUUAGGUAAUGUGAGAGUGAACUUUUUGGUUAAGAACAAUGGCCAACCCCAUUUGCAUCAAACUUUAACCGUCCAUAUUGGGGUCACCCAAAGCUGCAGUGCAUUGGCUGUCUCUUUGUGUGUGGGCACAAGUGACGCUCCAGGCAGCUAUGACAAAUUUUGUCCAUCCACAGCUCACAGGUGGAGUCAUUAAAUGGCCAUGCCAAAAGGGACAAAGUAUACCAUCAAAUAACUUAAAUGCAGUCAGAUUCAGGCAAGUAUUUACAUUUCAACAUGGCUGGUGCUCUUCCUCAAAAAUAGAACAUUCACCCUGGAAUGGGAACAACCCAGUCACACCUGUGAUGCCAUUUUGCUAUAAUUAUAUACUUGUUAAUUGGUGUCCAGUUUUAAUGACUAAAUUAUAUUUUUUAUCGAUUUUGUGGGUGAAUAAUUACUCUCACAGUAUUCUUGACAGGAAGUAUUCUAAAGAUAAUCAGAUUUUCUUCAGAAAGUGUCAAAUGAUGUCACAAAUUACAGUUUUUAUUUCUGAGGGGGGCUCAAGUUACAUACACAAAUAAAAACAGUCCAGAAUUGCAGGAAAAUGCACAUAUUUUUGUAGGGUAAGAAUAUUUCUUUUUGAACAGCCAUUAAUGUGUAUAUGUGUAUGACAGGGACUUUUUUAUAAAGUAAAACCAUUAAAUUUGUAUUGCUUUAUCUUAAAAUGGUAUAAUGUGUAUGCUUUUUAUUCAUACAUCUGAGGUGAGUGGGAAAAGUAUAAUGUCAAAUGAAUAUAAAUUAAACAGACAUGCAGUCUAAGUUAUAUCAUGUGGCCCAUUGGGGUCUAGCACCAAGGAUAUUUCAUAGGAUAAAGUCUUUGAGAUCAUUUUGACAUAAUUAAACCUUUUAGCUGUGUUUAUUGAAGCAACUCUUGCUUCAUUUGCAGCUUUGUGCUAUGUUCCUCUUUUUGAUGCUUCUUGCUGUCAGUGUCAAAUGUCACAUACCUUCAGCACUGCAGCUUUGGCACCCAUAUUCUGAAGAAUAGACCUGUUACUGAUCUGUUCCACAUUGACGUUCAUGUUCAGUGCAGGUAAACCAUCAUCUUUUGUUGUUGCCACCUAAAAAUGAACUGUAAAUGUUCUUAGAUUUUAAUAUUUUUGUAACAUAAAAUUUAAUGAAACCUACUGCUCGUUUUACCUGUACAAUGAAUUUCUGAUGUUUUAACUCGCUGUCAGAUUAUUAGUGGUACUCUAAUCGAUUUAUGUGAUCAGUUUCCUAUAAUUGUGUCUAAAACUUGAAUGUACAUACUUCGAUGCUUUUGCUUUCUGACUAGCAGCAUGCAGGCACACUUUUUAUUGCCAUGAAUCUGUAUGUUCGCCUGGUAAGUCUUGCACAAUAAACUCAGUCAAACCAA